CCGAUCGUGUUCUCUGCGCAAGCUCUCGUGACCGUCGCACCUCGGGCAUAUAUAACGCCGGACGGCGCUUGCCUGCGAAGAGAGCAAGCUGGGAAACGCCACUCUCGGCCAAGCGUCAGUCCACGUUUCCGUCCACUUCGAGCGAGGAGGCUCGCCUCACCUCACCACAACUGCUGCACGUCGGAACCGAACAAGCCGUCGCUAUGUUCAACCUCAAGUCCCUGAAACGGCAGCGGGAGGAGCAGCUGCCGCAGCAACAAGAUAAAACGGCGCGAACGGUUACCGGGCGUCCCUCGGCCGCCGCUAUUCGCGUCGCCAAGGACAUCGGCGAGCUCGACCUUCCCGGGACCUGUCAGACAGUGUUCCCAGACCCGGACGACCUGACGAACUUCAAGGUGGUCAUCUGCCCCGACGAGGGCUUCUACCGGAACGGUCGGUUCGUGUUCAGCUUCCACGUCGGGCCCAACUACCCGCACGAGCCGCCCGCGGUGAAGUGCGAGACCCCGGUGUUCCACCCGAACAUCGACCUCGAGGGCAACGUGUGCCUCAACAUCCUGCGCGAGGACUGGAAUCCCGUGCUGACGCUGGGCGCGGUCGUGCUGGGCCUGCAGUUCAUCCUGCUGGAGCCCAACACCGAGGACCCGCUGAACAAGAAGGCCGCCGAGCUGCUGCUUCACGACCGGAAGCUGUUCCUGCAGAACGUCGCUAGCGCCAUGCACGCCGGCAGCGUGAACCACGAGCAUCGUCUCGGGUAGCUGCUCCGACCCCUCUAGCGGAUGUCAAUAAAGUGCAACUUCGGCUUGCGCCCG